GUAGUGUUUGCCAUAUGGAGGAUGCAUGGUUUAUAUCAUGUUUUCACAAAAUACAAUGGCAUUUUGCACCAACCUUACAACAAAUUGACCAAAAACUAGGUAAAAACAACAUAUAGUCAGGCACAUCAAAGGACACCGGUAUUUAUAUAUUUGGGUCCAUCCUUGAGGUAAAGAUGUAAUGAAAAAGUUGACAACAUCGCACUCGCCAGUCGUCAAAAUGUACGCACUGCCAGCAGCCAGGAAGCAGCGACACUGAACAUCCACUUUUAACGAGCUGCUGUUUCGGAUUCUGAACUUCCUGCUGCCUCUCGUCAUCACCAUCUUCUGUGGUCACAUUGGCAACGCAGAGCUGGCCGGAUACGCUCUGGCAUCAGCGACCAUCAACGUGAGCACCACGGCGAUGGUGGAGGGCCUGACGCUGGCUUGCGACACGCUCAUCUCUCAGACGUUCGGCAGCAAAAACCUGAAGCGUGUGGGCAUCAUUCUGCAGAGGAGCUGGCUCAUCCUGCUGCUCUUCUGCUUGCCCUGCUGGGCCGUGCUCAUCAACGCGCAUCACAUCCUGCUGCUCAUGCACCAGGACCGCCAGGUUGCCAGGAUAGCACACAUCUACAUGAUGGCCUUUCUACCCGCUGUUCCUGCCAUGUUCCUGCAUCAGCUGCAGGUGGCCUACCUGCAAAACCAAGGCAUCAUUCUGCCUCAGAUGUACACGGCGGCGGUGGCCAACGUUUUAAACUUGGCGCUCAACUACAGCCUGAUCGUCCUCUUGCAGCUGGGUAUCCUCGGCUCGGCGGUGGCGAACAGCCUGACUCACAUUAGCAUCUGCCUGCUCCUCUUCGCCUACAUCCGAUGGAAGAAGCUCCACCAGGCCACGUGGGGCGGCUGGUCCACAGAGUGCCUGCAGGACUGGGGGUCCUACAUGAAGCUGGCGGUCCCCAGCACCUUCAUGAUGUGCUUUGAGUGGUGGAUCUGGGAGAUCGGCGGCUUCCUCGCUGGCGUUCUGGGCGAGGUGGACCUGGCAGCCCAGCAUGUGAUGGUGGAGAUCUCGGCCAUCACCUACAUGUUUCCUUCGGGCAUCCAAGCAGCUGCCUGCGUGCGUGUGGGCAACGCCCUGGGAGCAGGGGACACCGCCCGCGCCAUAAUCACCUGCAAAGUGGCUCUGACUAUAGCAGGACUGCUCGCCGUGUUCCAGGGUGUGGUCAUCGCCAGCUCCAAGUUCGUCUUGGGCUAUGUCUUCACGUCGGACCACAACAUUGUGGCCAUCGUGUCCGACAACCUGACCAUCUACACUUUUCUACAAUUCUUCGACUCCAUUCUGUGCGUCUGCUCGGGAAUCCUGGUGGGCUGCGGAAUGCAGAAGAUCGCUGCCGUGUCCAACCUGGUGGGCUACUACUUCAUCGGCCUGCCAGUAGGGGUCGCCCUCAUGUUUGCAGCCCGCCUCAGGAUAUUUGGCUUGUGGCUCGGUCUCCUGACCUGCGUUUGUCUCGAGGCGUCUUUCCUCCUCAUUCUCAUCUUCAAAAUGAACUGGAGAAAAGUCACACAAAAGGCUGAAGUGCGAGCUGGGAAGAAUGUUCCGGUGACAUCAAAGCGUGGCGUGUCGGAUGAGGCGAAGGAGGACGACAAAAAAGCUUCCAGAAGCGGCGAAGGCAGGACAUUGUGUGACAACACCGGCAGGCCGCUGUCAGUCACUCAGCUGGUGUUGAGAAGAGGGCUCGCCGUCUUUGCCGCGGUGACCGUUUUAGCGGCCGGCGUCAUCACGCGUGUCGUGUUCCCGGUACCGGAAAUGUCAACAUGGAGUAAUUUUACACAAAGCUGGGCCAACAACUCCGCCCCCUCGCCGACUGUUUGGACGGAGCAGACCGCUGACGUCAGAACAGAGCUUGACCUCUGAAGUUUGUUGUCAGGCAGAAUUCACAGCCCUCAAUCAUAAGAAUGUUGGCCACGCCUACCAGGCUGUUUGACGCACAAAUGGCAAAUUAAAAAAAUAUAAAAACCUUUUCCAGCUGAGAUCUAUUAAUACAAAUGGAAGGAUGUGCUGGUAUUUUUGUACAUCAAAGAUACUAAAACAAUACAAUAUAUGCUAAACCAUCUGAACAUACCAUUCAUAUCUUUGUUAUCAAUAAAGAAUAUUCUACGUAAUUUUGCUCUAAAUGAAGCAUUUUCGAACAAUGGCUAUUAAGCUAUUAUGUUUUUAGUUCAUUAGAACUAAAAAUAUCAAUACUAUAAAAGUAUUGGACACUAUAGACAGUAACAGUAACAUGCUAAAAGUGUGCAAGCUUUUGUUUUGACAAUUUUGCAGACAACUCACUCUUAUAACUGUUAAUGUGCUAACAUUAACUUGCAAACUUUUUUUUAGCAAAUUUUGAAGCCCAAAUCAACGUUAACAUUCUAGCAUAUUGACAUUAGCAUGCCAACUUUUUUUAGCCUGUUUUACAGCCGAACACCUCAGAGUCUUAUAACUUUGUACAUAGGUGAUGUGUAACAAUUUACUGUAAGUCAGCACAAACAAUUGGCAUCGAAACUGAAAGUUAACUUGCUAAAAUUGUGCAAGAUUUUUUUAGCCAAUUUUGCAUACAACUCAGUCUCCUAUAACUUGGUACUUGUCACAUGCUAACUGUUACCCUGUCAAUAAGCUAGAAUGUUACGUUUUUUAGUCAAUUUUACAGCCAAACACCUCAGUUAGCAUUUCAAUUUGGCUUGCAUGUUUUAGCAAUCACGUGCAACUUUUUCCCAAAAAGUUUUUGCUAGUUUUUCUGUGUAAUUUUUAAUCCAGGAUGUUUUUGUCUUUGCAAUGUGUCGGAGGCCAAUCAAAAACAAGCUGUGAGCCUCAAAUGGCCUCUGGGCCGCACUUUGGACGCCACUGAUAGGCUGGAUUAUUUAAUAAUGGAAAUGUUUAUUCAAUCACACACACACACGACAAAGUGUUGUUGCGCGACACACGACACUACACACAUUAGCUCCUCGUUAAUGGCGACACAGUGUGACCCUGAUUGCGGCUUCCGGAGAGGAAGUGUCCCCGAAAUGACGCCUCGCCAUGAUGAGCCACGGAAGCGGGCGGCUGAUUUCAUAUUAUAAAUAAAAUAUGUAUAUUAUGCACAGUGUGUGUGUGCCAGAGUUUACUGGAAAGUUAAUAUUAGUCUUUUAUUCUUGUAAUUAGGCUAAUUGAACUCAUUGCAAGAAGACUAUAAAACACUGUACUUGUAUUACAUCACAUGAUUCUAUAUCCAUGUCAGGAUGUUACUUUGUUUUCCUCCCAAUAUGAAACUGACAAUUUUAACUGAAUAAA